AUGCCAAAAAGGAUACCAUUCCACGUUGUUUAUGCGACAAGUGAAGACAGUUCCUACCCAGCAUGCGAGCUGAACGCCCAGGGUCCGGCGGCGCGCGGCUGGCGCAGCGAGGGUACCCCCCCUCACGAGCUGCUCCUCCGCCUCGCUCGCGUCACCUCGGUCCACAAACUGCAGCUGUUGGCACAUCAUCAGCUUAUACCGUCAAGCGUAGAAGUCCUGGUAUCUGGAGGACUGGUAUCGGAAGGAGCCGCUACACCAUGUGGAGCCACAUACACCAGCGUCGGGAAGGUCACACUCGCCAGACCUGCUCAGCAAGCCAGGACUCGGGAACUAAGAUCAGCCGCUCUUCCAGAACCAACAAUAGCUCGCUUCGUUAAACUCAAGCUGUCUGGACCACAUCCACCAGCAAAGGAAGACGAUCAGGUCGCCCUGAUGGCUGUAAAUGUGCUUGGUGAAGAAGUAGAGGACACGGAGGCUCCCCCAGCGCAGCCUGUCAGUAAGGAGCCAGCAUACUCGCCGUAUGAUGACCUGGCCUUCAUCAUGUAUGUAGACAACGACAUCGCUGACCUGGUGCGGAUGUUGGAUGAAAAGAAGAAGGUGGCUGUUAGUGAGGAGCGCUUCGAAUACGCUCGUCGUUUGAAAUCAGCGGGCGCUGCGCUUGCUUCAGCCGGCAUUCGUAUUGGUCGGUGGCGACUACGUAAGCGCACUGCAGCUGCACGGGAUGACUUCGAGCUGGCGAGGAGGAUGCGGGACAGGAUAGCUGAUGCUCUGUGUGGAGUGAAGGAGGAUCCACAACUUUGUAGACUGUUUGAGGAGGAUGGACCGGACCGUCGCAACGACUCCUCAAUGCCUCAAGAGUAUGACUUCUCCCACCAUCUCUCGCCGUCCGUAGCCGCAGGGUCUCUCAGCAUGGACAUACCCUCGCCAGUGCCUCCGAUAGAACAGGAACGGGAAGAGAACGAGAUCCAAGAGCCAGAGUAUGUGAAUGGAGAGGAAGAAGAAGAAGAUGUUCAGGAUAUGCAACCGUCGCCCGAACCAACAUUACAAGAAGAAGUUCCACCUUCAUACCCCGAGCCAGUGCAACAGCCCGUCCAGAUAAUGCCCGAAGAGAAUAAAGAAGUGCAGAAGAUAGAAGAAGAAGAGUUGAGGAAAGAGACUGACAGCCCGAGGAGGAGUAUCACGCCUAAUGCUGCUAAUGGUUCUGUAGUACGUCGCAGAAACAAAAGUGCUGGACCACGAUCAACGUUUGAAGCAUAUGAAGAACGAUUACUACCAGCAUUGAGGCACUCCCAUACAAACGAGUACCUCCGGGAGGCUCGUGAGGAGGAGUGCAGUGGAGGGAGCGCGGCCACCUCUCACUCCCGCACAGCGCCGCCUCACAAACUGAACGACCGGGAGAGGAAGCACGCUGCGUUACCUAUACUGAUAUUUGGUUAUCCACUGGUAGAAAAGUUUUUCUCCAAGAACUAUUUGGACAAAGAAGAAGGUUUGUCCCGUCUCCGUGCAGAACUGACGUCUCCAUCCAACGGGAGUACAAAGACCUCCCCAAAUAAAACAGCCAGGGCCGCAGCCAUCUUGCUGCAAAGGGCGCUGAGGGACAAGGUGUUUUCUGUGUACAGUCAAGCUAAUGAGGUUGUGAAGGUGCUGUUCAAGGAGUUUGUGCCUGAUAGGGUGUGUGCUGCAGAAGUGGGUCGUUGCCUGGAGAAGUUAUUGCCGGAGUUGCUCCGUGCGUGCGGAGACCCUGCGCCUCGCGUGCACUCCACCGCUCAGCACACCGUGCUCACUGUGGCUGACUGUCCUCAAGUCAGGAGUCUCCACUUAAUACCCCAGCAGCUGGUACGUCCAGUGGCGGCCUCCAUGCACCCUCGGUUGGCACUCUCUCGACUGCAGAUGUUGGAGCAACUCAUACUCAGCCAUGGGAUCUCCACCGACAAGAAUAGCGGCUUGACAGUCCGUCGUCUAGCAGAAUGUGGCGCUGCCGGAGCACAGCACGCAGCUGGUUCAGUGCGCGCGGCUGCUGAACGUAUAUUGCUGGCAGCGUAUGCGCGGUCACCUCGUGUGGUGAGAGCGCAGCUCCCGCCUGAUGAUGCGGUCACCAGGAGAAACCUGAUCUACAGGCAUCUGUUUCAGCAGUUCGAUAGGAUUGAUAUGCAGAAAAUGCUAAACCAAGCCCCAACAGAAGAACAGCUCCUCAACGGCAACGACCAAUCAAUGGCAGAUUCAACUCUGGAGACCGCUAGCGUCACCCAGUCCACCAGGAGCGGUACCACCGUCAGCGGCAUGACAGCAUCCUUAGGCAUGACGUCAUCAAUAGGAGCUACUUCAUCAUACAGCCUAAAAUCAAUGACGUCAAGUGCGAGCGGUGCCACCCUAGCUCCUUCCAGCAUUAGUGGAAGCUAUACCACUUCUAAAACAAAGAGCAGUUUAAAGAAGUCUCCUACAAAAAGGUAUACUCCUCGGUCUACUGCGAAGGACUUUUCCAACUACCCUGGGUAUAAUAAGCUGAGGUUGGAUAGCGCUGUCAGUCCGAAACAUUCGCCCAGGUCUGCUGCUACUGGUGGCGUUGAGAAGGUACACUUCCAAGAAUCGCACAGUCAGAGUCAAUCCCUGUCUGAACAAGUCGUCUACCGACGCACGAAUCGCAACUCCGAGAACAGGCACUCGAUGAUCCACUACGACCAUGAACCUUCGAAGCCACAACUCAAAGAAAGACCAGUCACAGUCUACGAGCCCUUACAUUUGGACUAUAGAGACUCCCCGACUUUAGGCUCUCCGAAAACCUCCAAAAAUGACCUUCGGAGUAUGGAUUCCUUGCCGAUGGACUCUCCACAAAUGUCCAGAAAUGAUCUAAGGUGUGAUUCGGACUGCCGAAGUUUGGACUCUCCGAAAGUGAAGGCUGAUUACUUUAGGGAUGGAGUGCUGGAGUCGCCUAAGCUGGUCGCUGGUCUGAGGAACUUGCAUCUUGAUGAGCAUAGCCAAAUGGAUGAGAGUGGUUAUUAUAGUCCAGGGAGAAGGCACCAGGCUGCAGGCAGUGAACAUCAGUAUGAGCCUUACGACGUUGGUAAUGCAGAUGUCUCUGAGAAUAUACCAGAAACCAUCAGCUUACACACUACGUGCUCAUGGUGCGGUCGUCGUGUGCGCGCGGAGGCGCUGGAGGCGCACUACUGGCGGCGCUGCGUGCUGCUGGCGCGCUGCCCGCACUGCCGGGUCGCGCUCGAAGCUAGGAUGUUGCACGCUCAUCUUCUAGAGGAGUGCACAAUGAGUGAGGGCAGUUGGAAGGCGUGUCACAAGUGUGGAGCGGCUCUCAGGACUGAUGACUCUGAUUACCAUGCCAACUGUAUUCCACUUGGCAUGGACGAGUGGAAAUGUCCGUACUGCUUCACGAAUGUGCUGGCCCGCGACCUUCCCUGGCAGAGGCACCUGAUGCAGUGUCCUCGGAACCCCAGGACUACGCAGUCUUCAUAG